CGCGGGGCGAUGCGGCGCUGAGGGCGGCGGGGCCGGCGCCGCCGCGAUGCUCCGCCGCAGCCUGAGCCGCCUGUGUGCCGGGGAGGAGAAGCGAGUUGGUACCCGCACCGUGGUGGUUGGGCACCGUCUGGCUUCGGAAACGGAUGCCUACGUCGCACAAAAAUUUUGCGAUAACAGGAUCGUCUCAUCCAAGUAUACGAUCUGGAACUUCCUCCCGAAGAAUCUCUUUGAACAGUUCAGAAGAAUUGCCAACUUCUAUUUCCUUAUUAUCUUCCUUGUGCAGGUCAUAGUGGACACCCCGACCAGUCCGGUGACCAGCGGGCUUCCCCUUUUCUUUGUGAUCACUGUCACAGCCAUCAAGCAGGGAUACGAGGACUGGCUGAGACACAGAGCUGACAACGAAGUAAACAAAAGCAAUGUCUUCGUUGUUGAAAACGCGAAGCAAGUGCGGAAAGAGAGUGAAAAAAUCAAGGUUGGAGACAUAGUAGAGGUGAAAGCAGAUGAGACCUUCCCCUGUGACUUGGUAUUUUUGGCUUCAAGUAGCGUUGACGGGACCUGUUACGUCACCACAGCCAGUCUUGAUGGCGAGUCGAAUUUCAAGACUCACUACGCCGUGCGGGAUACCACCGUGCUCUGUACGGAUGAAGCCAUAGACUCCCUUACUGCCACCAUCGAGUGCGAACAGCCGCAGCCCGACCUCUACAAAUUUGUUGGAAGAAUUAUUAUCUACAGAAGUAAUCAAGAACCUGUAGCCAGGUCUUUGGGUCCUGAAAACCUGUUGUUGAAAGGUGCUACCCUCAAAAAUACCAAGAAGAUCUAUGGAGUUGCAGUCUAUACUGGAAUGGAAACGAAAAUGGCUUUGAACUACCAAGGGAAAUCUCAGAAACGUUCUGCUGUAGAGAAAUCUAUCAACGCUUUUUUGAUAGUGUAUUUAUGCAUCCUAUUGAGCAAAGCUACGGUGUGCACAACACUGAAAUAUGUCUGGCAGAGUAAUCCAUUUAAUGAUGAGCCUUGGUACAAUGAAAAGACUAAGAAAGAGAAAGAGACGUUCAAGGUUUUGAGGAUGUUUACAGACUUCUUGUCAUUCAUGGUCCUGUUCAAUUUUAUUAUCCCAGUCUCCAUGUAUGUUACGGUAGAGAUGCAGAAGUUCUUGGGCUCCUUCUUCAUCUCUUGGGAUAAGGAGAUGUAUGAUGAAGAAAUAAAAGAAGGUGCACUGGUGAACACCUCAGACCUGAAUGAAGAGCUUGGACAGGUGGAGUACGUGUUCACAGACAAAACUGGGACCUUGACGGAAAACAGCAUGGAGUUCAUCGAAUGCUGCAUAGAUGGACACAAGUACAAAGGCUGCGUGUCGGAGGUUGAUGGCUUCUCCCAGACUGAUGGCCCCCCAAAAUACUGUGGCAAUGCAGAGAAAUGUCGAGAAGAGCUGUUCCUGCGUGCCUUGUGCCUGUGCCACACUGUUCGAAUCAAAGAAGGAGACCAGGUGGAUGGAUUGAUAGGACAUCAGGAAGACAAAUGUACCUACAUAUCCUCUUCCCCAGAUGAAAUUGCUUUGGUGAAGGGGGCAAAAAUGUAUGGUUUCACUUUUCUAGGAUUUGAAAAUGAUUUCAUGAAAAUACAAAACCAAAAGAAUGAAACUGAAAUGUACCAACUUCUUCAUGUAUUGAACUUUGAUCCUGUCCGUCGUCGUAUGAGUGUCAUCGUGAGAACCACCACAGGAAAGUUGCUUCUCUUCUGUAAAGGAGCAGACUCCUCUAUUUUUCCAAGAGUGCAACAAGAAGAAAUUCAAAAAACUAAAGUCCACGUAGACCGCAAUGCUAUGGAUGGAUAUCGAACGCUUUGUGUGGCAUUCAAAGAGCUAACUCAAAAGGAGUAUGACAGAAUUGACAGGCAACUUAAUGAAGCCAAGAUGGCUCUGCAAGACAGAGAAGAAAAGAUGGCAAAGGUGUUUGAAGACACAGAAGCAGACAUGCACUUGAUUGGGGCUACUGCUGUAGAAGACAGACUGCAGGAACAGUCAGCAGAGACGAUUGAAGCUCUGCACACAGCCGGCAUGAAGGUGUGGGUGCUGACUGGAGACAAGAUGGAAACGGCUAAAUCCACCUGCUAUGCCUGCAGGCUCUUCCAGACCAGCACCGAGCUGCUGGAGCUAACGGCAGCAACCGUGGGUGAGAGCGAAAGGAAGGAGGAUCGGCUCCAUGAGCUGCUAAUGGAAUAUCAUAAAAAGCUGAUUCAGGACUUUCCCAAAAAUCGAGGGGGGCUGAAAAGAAGCUGGACGUUCAGUCAGGAAUAUGGCCUGAUUAUAGAUGGCUCCACACUGUCGCUAAUUCUCAAUCCUUCUCAGGACUCCAGUUCUAGUAACUACAAAAACAUAUUCCUGCAAAUCUGCUUGAAGUGUACUGCAGUCCUGUGCUGUCGGAUGGCUCCCUUGCAGAAAGCACAGAUUGUGCGAAUGGUGAAGAACACAAAAGGGAGCCCAAUAACACUAUCAAUAGGGGAUGGUGCAAAUGAUGUUAGUAUGAUUUUGGAAGCGCAUGUCGGAAUAGGUAUAAAAGGCAAAGAAGGACGGCAGGCUUCAAGAAAUAGUGAUUAUGCUGUUCCAAAGUUUAAGCACUUAAGAAAAUUGCUACUAGCACAUGGGCAUUUGUAUUAUGUGAGAAUAGCACACCUUGUACAGUAUUUCUUCUAUAAGAACCUUUGCUUCAUAUUACCGCAAUUUUUAUACCAGUUCUUCUGUGGCUUCUCACAACAGCCACUGUAUGAUGCUGCUUAUCUUACCAUGUACAACAUCUGCUUCACAUCGCUACCUAUCCUGGCUUAUAGCCUCCUGGAGCAGCACAUCAGCAUUGACACACUGACCUCAGAUCCACAGCUGUAUAUGAAAGUUUCUGAUAAUGCAAUGUUGCAAUGGAGGCCUUUCUUAUACUGGACCUUUCUGGGCGCCUUUGAAGGACUCGUGUUUUUCUUUGGGGUUUAUUUUCUUUUUCAAAAUUCGUCAUUGGAAGAUAAUGGAAAGGUUUUCGGCAAUUGGACCUUUGGAACUAUUGUCUUCACCGUGUUAGUGUUCACCGUCACUCUGAAGCUAGCGUUAGAUACUCGAUUCUGGACGUGGAUGAACCACUUUGUGAUUUGGGGCUCCCUGGCCUUCUAUGUGUUCUUCUCGUUCUUCUGGGGAGGCGUCAUUUGGCCUUUCUUGAAGCAGCAAAGAAUGUAUUUUGUAUUUGCCCAUAUGCUGACUUCUGUUUCCACAUGGCUGGCAAUAAUUCUCCUGAUUUUUAUCAGCCUUUUCCCAGAAAUUCUUCUAAUAGUUUUAAAAAUCAUAAAAAAGAAAAAACAUCAGGAACAUCCACUAUCUUCAUGCUUUCUCAAACUUCCAGCAAUCACAGCUUUUCUUGGAGCGAAUAAGACUGGCCCCUUUGAUCUGCCUAGGUUAAUGUCAUACAAACGCAUAGAGAAUGGUUAUGUGAAGACUGAAGAUGCUGUUACUAACUUGGUAGAAAGAUAUCCUCUCAGGAUACUGUAAAUGCUUUGUACAAACACUGCAUUUGGUCAUGCUGUAGGGGAAAAAACCCGUAUUUUUAACCUAACAGUUCUCAUAAAAAUUACCAAGAACUGUGAGCAGCCUUGCUGAUAAAGCAGUAGCCAGGACACGGGGCACAGUACCCAUUUGCCUUGGUCUUGUUGCCCUCCCUCCCCGCCCCCCACCUCCAAAAAUCUUCUAAAUGAAAAAAAAUCUUCUAAAUGAAAAGUCUGUGUAACUGGAGGCUGAGGAAGCAUCUUUGGAAAUUCUUCAAAAGCAAUGUGGACAGAGUGCAGAAGAGAAAGAGGAGCAUCAUCCUGUUGAGCAUGGUGGCCACCGCUGCCCGAGAGUGAUUUGCUGUCCAAGCCUCUUGCUUUGCCUGACCAAAGAAGCAGUGUGGACUGUAGACCCGCUCUCAGCCCUGUCCAGCUCCCCAAAGGCAUCGUGAAAAGACCCCUGGUCUGGCAUGGGAGUUGGGUUGCAUGGUGUCAAGGUGCCCAGCUCAGUCUGGUGGCUUCCUCCUGCCUUGGGCUGUGUCCGCAUCCAGCUCUGCAGAUGGACGAUGACCCUCCGCCAUGCUGGGUCUGGAUGGAAAGCAUGAAAGCCUGGGAGAAGUCCUCACUGGUGCUGUGGGGUGUCCGGUCAGAUGUCCUUCCUCUGGCAGCCAGUGUGGUUAGGAGUGACCUGUGAUUGUUGAGGAGCAGUGUGGACAGCCGCUGUGCCAGGGAAGCGCCGAAGUUCUCGUGCUGCCCGUUGACUCCUUUGCCCACAGGCUCCUUCCUGAAGGAAGGGGAAGAAAUGAUAAUUUUCCCUGGUGUUUUGGAAAGGUGCAAGAAGCGUUCACUCUGACCGCUUUCUCGGUCAGGAAAGAAGCUCACCAAUUGUGUUGUGCCGGAAUUUGAGCCCAGUUUUUCCUGGGCUCCUGUGGCUGCUUUCACAUUACUGCACUGUGCAGUUGCUUAAACACUUUACAGGCCUGAAUGACAGUGCUGCCCUUGGACAGUCCCAGGGACGUGGACUGUGCCUGUCCACACUCACAGGCAUCAAACUGCAUCCUGAGUUAUUUGCACUAAGAAAAAAAAAAAGUCAUUUAAAAAUAAAAGGAAUAUGUUAGUCUGAUCUCAUUCCUUUUAUACUUGGUUUUUAAAUUGGCAUGUCCUUUUUAAAUCCACCUUUACUAAGAUAGGGAGAAACUAUGUUUUGUUUCUUUUUAGGUUGUAAAUAUCACAUGUGCGUAGUGGAGAGGUGGGAUGCCCAACUCUCUCAUACUUCAGAUGUGAAAAAUGCAGUUUUAAAAAUUGUUUUAAGUCAUAAAUGGUCAUGGGAGCAGCUUGUGUGCCGCUGUCACUUGAUACUAAGGUUUAUCCUCAUGCUGAGUCCCCUUUGCCCUGUCUAGUACAAUCUGCUACUGGCCAGAGGUCUGCAUGGCAGCUAGAGGAAAUACUGUGAUAAGCAUCCACAUCUAAUUUCAGAGGUAUUAUAAACCCUACGCUGCAGACGGGUCCGGCUCCCCUCGUGUUUCUCUGAGGCUCCGUUGUAUUUUCACGCAAAGCAGCAAGAAUUGGGACUAGGCAGAGCGUUCCCUUCGUCCGGUUCCGCUAAGCGGCGGGCUGCUGCCUCUGGAGAGCUGCUCCUCUUGGUCUUGCACCUCUUGGUCUCUGGCCGGCCACCCGCGAGGUCCGACUGCGGCGCAAGCAGGACCCGGAUCGCUCUCCGACACGAGCUGCAGGCGAACGCUGACGUACGGGCCGAGGAACCUGCCUGGGGAUGAGUCACGGAGCAAAGGGGCCGCAGAGCCUGGACGGACGGACGGACGGGCCGGCUGCGCUCCGCUCGGCGCCGGCGGGGCUUGCUGUCGCCCUGCCGGCAGCCACAGCUCGGCUCCUUGCUGCAUGCGAGUGCAGAGCUGUGCUUCCAGCAUGCCUGCCGUGGGCAGAGCUUUCUGCUUUUUCCUUUUCCUAGCUCCUCGCGUGGACCUAGAAUUCAAGCUGCAGACCUUGGCCAAUUCUCAACGUUUUAUUCCUAAAAUGUGGUGCCUACAGAUCAAGUACGCGAUGAAAACAAGGAAGAUGCACUCUAUAUGCCAAAUCUAACCUUUCUCCUUAAAUAUACACUUGCUGUCUUCUGUUUACAUAACCUUUAAAAUGGGGGCACUGAAACAUGUAAUUCCUGUGAUUCAAAACCAUUCCAAGCCUGGAUCGUCCCAAGUCUGACAACCUGCUUCUUGGUUUGUUUUGUGUUAUAUUCAACUUCUAGGGUCAAGCUCUGUUCCCGUGAAGACUCACCCAGAGGUUUUGCCACUGAUGUUACGUACAGGGAACAGAACGAAGCUUGCAGUGUUUUGGUAUGUAUGAACUGUACUGCUAAAGCCACUUACGCGGGCUAAAUUCUGCAGCCUGUUGUAAGACAAGAGCCAUCUGUGAACCAAGCCUUUUUCUUCCCAUUUACAAGUAUCCAGUAUCAGUAUGGAGUAAACUAUUUGCCGUAGCUGUGCGCUUAAACCGAAGGCCCGUGUAAGCUGCUGAAACGUGGGCUGGGGUAAACGUGGAGUGUCUUGAAUGCCAGCUCUUUUGGGAAACGCACGUUUUCUCGGACUCGGAUCUUCAGCUGUUUUGGCGGCGUAGGGUGGCGGUGCCGGGACAGCCUCGCUCCAGCAGAAGCGCUGGUUGUCCUGGUUUGGAAACGGCAGAAAGGAAAUUUCUGGUGCUGCAGAUGCGUUGUGAAAUGUGAGGAAACAGGAGACCAAACCUGGAGUUAGAGGAGAAGGAAAGUGGUGAUAGUGGCUGUAAAGUAUCAGCCAGCAGGACGCGAGAGCGGCAGUAAUUUGACAGUAAUACUGUGAUUUUUCCUGUAAAACAAUACAAGCUGCACUGUUGCUGUGCUCUUUAGUGAACUAAAAGGUCAGUACAGGCUUAUCGGUGGAAAAACUUGAAGGAAAAAGGCUAGGGUUUUUGCUAAUAAUUCACUGAAGUUUAAUCACUGGUUAGUGACUCUGAAAGAUAAGAAAAGUAAUUAAGAUUCCCUCUGAAAUUUUUAUGUGAUAAUGGGAAAACUUGAUGUAGUCAUAACUACUUUUCAAAAAAAAAACUAAUUUUCAUUGUUAUGAGAAUAUUAUAAAUGACUUGGAAUUGCAUAAAAGCUUAAAAUUGAAUUUGUAUACCUACUUACAGUUGAAAACCAUACCUAAUAUUGCUCUGUUCAUCCAAUUUCCCAGCCAUGUUUUUUUUUUUUUUUUUU